UGUGUCUCUAGCUACGCUACUCACCGGCAUCAUGGCCACCGUUUCUUCCAUAGACGGCACCGGAACGCAGAAUGCCCCCAAACAUCUCCACUUCUACAUGCACGACGGCUACACUGGCCCCAAACCCACCGCCGUCCUAAUCGUCAACGGGACCGGCCAGCCGCUGAAGGGCUCCGGCGGAGGCGCCCGCUUCGGCGACACGGUGGUCAUGGACGACCGCCUCACCGAGGGCCCUACACCGGCGUCGAGAGUCAUCGGGCACGCCCAGGGAUUCUACGUGACGGCGUCCCAGGGCGACCCCGCGAUGCUCCUCUCCAUGAACGUGCUGUUCACCGACGACGGGCCUUACAACGGGAGCUCGCUCGCCGUGAUGGGCCGCAACGACAUCGCCAUGCCGGAGAGGGAGCUGGCGGUGGUCGGCGGGACCGGGGCUUUCAGGAUGGCCACCGGCUACGUGCUCUGGAAAACCGCGAGCUGGCGCGGGAGGAAUGCCGUCCUCGAGCUGGAUGCCUAUGUCUACGCUAGUCCCGCCGCCGCCGGUGCAUGA